UAGUAUUUUGGGUCUCUCAAAGCAAGAGAAAACUAAAAAAAUAAAUAAAAUUUAAGUUCCGAAAUAUCUAAGUUUAGAAACAGCACAGUUUACAGCCAGCAUGCAUUUGCAGGAGUACCUCAGAAACGACGAAAAUGUUUCCGCACCCGACGAUGGAAAUCAAUCAUGUCAGCCUUCUUCCAACCAUGAUCAGUACCUAAGUCAUAACCGCAAUUGCCAAAAAAACCUGUUGAGGCUUCACCCACCACCCCCAUCUAAACCACCGCCGCUCGUUGGUGCCAUCCUGCAAACCCGUCUUCUACAUCAGAUAAACUCGGCCGCCAUUGCAGAUGCGGAUGCGGACUUGAACGCAAUAAAGGAGCUUCGAUACCCACAUGUCCUGCAACGGUCGGCAACUUUGCCAGCAAAACACAACCGCUUAGGGGUUCGAAGCCGCGUGACCUUUAGGGUCCCAACGUCCAACCGCCCUGCUAACGAUUCAGAUUUUCAUCUACCCCAAACUCAGGUUGCAGUCGCCGAAAAGGCCAAAAUAUUGGUUAAAGCCAAGGAUAGGGAGUCCGUCAAAAUGACUUCUGAGGAUUUACUGCAGCCGGGUCAUGUUGUAAAGGAGCGAUGGAAGGUUGUUCGUAAAAUUGGUGGAGGCGGCUUUGGAGAGAUAUAUGAGGGUCAAGAUCUUAUUACCCGUGAACAAGUCGCCCUUAAAGUAGAGUCCGCCCGCCAACCCAAACAGGUGCUCAAAAUGGAAGUCGCAGUUCUUAAGAAAUUGCAGGGCAAGGAGCACGUAUGUCGAUUUAUCGGAUGCGGGCGGAAUGAUCGAUUUAACUAUGUGGUGAUGCAGCUUCAAGGAAAGAAUUUAGCUGAGCUCAGACGCGCUCAGCCGCGAGGCGCCUUUUCGCUUAGUACAACACUUAGGUUAGGGUUACAAAUUUUAAAGGCCAUUGAAUCCAUCCAUUCAGUGGGAUUUCUUCAUCGUGAUAUUAAACCGAGCAAUUUUUCUGUGGGUCGUUUGCCUUAUAAUUGUCGACGUGUCUAUAUGCUUGACUUUGGAUUGGCGCGUCAAUAUACCACUGGCACAGGGGAAGUGCGGUGUCCAAGGGCGGCUGCCGGUUUUCGCGGCACGGUUCGGUAUGCUUCUAUUAAUGCACACCGAAAUAGAGAAAUGGGACGCCACGAUGAUCUGUGGUCAUUGUUUUACAUGCUCGUUGAGUUUGUAAAUGGGCAAUUGCCAUGGCGAAAAAUAAAAGACAAGGAACAAGUUGGGUUGACAAAGGAAAAAUAUGACCACAGAAUACUGUUAAAGCAUUUGCCUUCAGAUUUGAAGCAAUUUCUGGAGCAUAUUCAAACGCUUACAUAUGCAGACCGUCCGGACUACGCGAUGCUUAUCGGUUUGUUUGAGAGGUGUAUGAAAAGACGUGGGGUCAAAGAGUCGGAUCCUUAUGACUGGGAAAAAGUGGAUUCCGCGGCGAUUGGAAAUAUAAGUGCAACAGGCAAUUCAUCAAUUCCUAUAAAAAACGAUUACAUGCAUGGAAAUAUUACACAAAUGACUGUGGCAGCAUCUAACGCAAGUGGCACAGAAUACGCACGAAAGAGAGCAGAAAUCGAAACCGCACAUAUUACGGCGACCGAUCCCCUAAAUAUGAAAGAAAAAGUUGACAAAAACUGUAAUGCAACUUCACUAGCAACGCCAGCAAAAGGAUCUGGUGAAGCCACUGUACAACAUGGUAAUACUGCAAAUAAUCAAAAUAUGAAAACAAAAGGACUGCAACAGCAGUCUACCAUAACCACAAAUUCCCAAGUAGCCAUACCAAAUAUCCAAAGUGCUCCAAUCAAGUCAGGAAUGACUGAAAGGGAGGAUGUACAGUAUACGAAGAUGGAAGAAAGGGCACCGACAAAAUUUUUACCAAUGAAACCUAAUGGAGAGAGUGAUAAUAUGGUUGAUAUCGCCGCAAAAUGUACAUUUGAACAAAAACACGUAGAAUUAAAUGAUACUGAGAUAGCUGGCAGAGCUUACUUGAGCGGGGUUGAACAGCAUCAAAAGUCUCAAAUAAAAAAAUAUAAUUCACCUGAGAUAACAAAUAAGCAGGCACAGAGGCCUGGGACCGUAACACACGAAAAUACCUCUGAAAUCAAUCGGUCAGCGGAGGAACAGAAAUCAACGUUUGGGCGACUGCGUGUGCUUACAGCCCCGCCAAUGAGUGUACAUGAUCUAACAGCGGGUGGAGGCCUUGGCCAACAAGUGUCAGAAUUAUCAGGAAAACAAGAUCAGUUUCCUGCCCCUACCAAUGCUGCCCCAAUAGGUGGAAUCACCCCAUCCACAAAAUUUUGCAGCCAACAUGGACAAAUUUUUGGAAUGGCUGCCAUGCCGCCAAUUAAUCGCCGUUCUGCAACGUCCACCAAUUUACGGCCAUCUUCAUCUGGAGUUAAUACCAAUUCAAGCCAAAGGGUUAAUAGUGGACCGACAGCUGGUGGAGGAGUCGGUACCGGAAGCAAUACUGCCAGAAGCAGCGUUGCAGGUGAUCAUUCGGUCACUCAAUUUGCUUUAAUAGACGACGAGAACGUUUCUGCUUUGCAACAAGUAACCAAAGGAGGAGCGCUCACAUUAGCAUCGCAAUGGAAGAGUCAGUUCGAUGAUUCUGAGGAUACUACUGAUAACGAAUGGAAUAGAGAACAUCAGUUGCAACCCAAUUUGGAGCAAUUGAUUAAACUGGAUAUUUCAUUGCCUUUAAAUGAAGCCAAACAAUUUGCGCAACAUGUCGUCGCUGAUACAGGCAAAUUAAAAAAUCCUCCAGCCCAAGUAAAGGAUAGACCAAAGAGGUACACACUAAACAUAACUGGAAUUGAGAAUUAUGAAGCUUUGAGAAUCUCAAUACCAAACUGCUGGUCCGAGCCUGCAAUGGGUAAUGUAUUACGAAAUGGCUUGGAGCCGCCGGCUGUGCAACAAGCGGCAUUUGAUGACACAGUAUAUCGCAUGGAUAUUGCGAGGAAUGUCUGUGUGCGAGAAACUUAUUCGGAAACCACUUAUUUGGCUAAGGUUAAGCCUACCACCUCGUUGGCUUUAAGGAAUAUGCUACCGUCUCUUUUUAAAACAGAUUCAGCAUUAAAUAAUACUAAUGACAGUCAAGAUAAAUCGAAACAUCGAAGCAGCCUUCCCAAUGUUUCAGUUAACGAUUUUGACAACCAACUAGUGCAAUCGAAUUCUGACGCAAUACUUGUUGAGGACGCUAAAAUGCCCUGGCGAGUACAGACAAAGGCAUGCCAAAGAAGUAAUUUAGGUUUAGGAUCAGCGAUCCAGGACAACAACUGUUGCAUUAGUGGGCGACUGGAAAUUCGUGUUAUUCCCAAAGAAACCUCUCAUCUGGAUGAUUCUGUUUACUAUGAUGCGAUGGGAGCUGUUAAAAAUACUCCAACCACUAAUGAAGGACUCGAUCAUUCUGAUCCAGCCGUAAUUAACUGUGAUGAAAUGGAGGCAACAGCUGCCGUGAUUCCUUUCCCAAAAAAUUCAAUCAGUAAAAGUAUGACACCAUCCGACAAGGACGCAACCGAAGAGCGAAUCGGAUCUAAUUUAUGUAGCCAAUACUGUGCCGGGGCCAAUAAACAGCAGUUAAAUGGAAACAGUGUAAUGAGCAACAUAAUAAGUGAUCAUGAAAAUAGCAAUGCAGCUUCCCCCAGAACUAAACUUACAAAAGACAGCACUGUCGGCUUAGGGGAAAAUGAGUCUGGAUCAGAUUUACCGCUAUUGAAUCCAAGCAAAAUUCCAGUACGCCAAUCAAAAUGUGCAUCUUGGGCAGGUGUUGAUAUUAUAAGUGCAUCUAAGACACUUGAGUCCGUGGAAGUACCACAGGAAGUCUCUUACCAUCCACAGUCUGACACGCCAAAUUCUGUAAUGGAUAUUAUACCUGUUCGAAAAACCACUUACUCCAUUGCUUUAGAAUAUCCCCCUAAUAUAACGGAUCUUACACCAGGCUUACGUCGGCGUAGAGAAUCAACUGAAGGAAAGUAUGUCACGGACCCAACACAAUUGCCACUAAAAUUUCAAAGACCACGAUCUCGAACCUCUAGCAGAACCCGUGGCAUUCCAAAUGCAAUGGUUGAAAAUUCGGAUGAUAACGGCACUGUAAUGAGCGCAGAAAAAACCGGACAUGGUGGACGUCAUGUCGUAAAAAUCGAAGAAUUAAAUAAUUUUACAACCAGAGACUUUUCUGCUGAGCUACACCCCAAGUGCGCCAUUUCACCACCACCGGGGGAUCCAAAAAUGGAAAAUAGUGCGCGACUUCGUCGUUACAGGCAUAAUGUAGAAUAAUCAAAUAACUCCAUGCUAAGUAAAAUAUGUAUAGGCUCCAGAACACUGUAUAAUGGUGGCUUAAGGCUAAAACUGAUUUAGUUUAUUAUUGGACAGCUGUGUGACAAACAAUAUCAUUAUUAUCUUUAUUGUGGGUCAAUAUUAAUUUUCAUCAUUUUGUUGUACUUAAAAACAAAAGUUCUUAUUUAGCCAUUUACAAUAAAAAAAAUUAUGUAAUCCAAAAGUAAAUACAUUAGAUUUUUUCUAGCGAACGUUUUUUGCUAAUCUCCGAAAUCUAUAUAUAUAAUUGGAUAUGAACAUUCGUAUUAUUUGAGAAAAUGUUGUUUUGGUGCUUAUUGUUGAGUUUCUAAUCUUAUUUAUGACACUUAUGAAAUUUCAAAAAAUUGAAUUCCUAAUACCCAUCAAGUAUAUAUUAUUUUACCAUUAAUUGCACUGUAGUUUCCAAGAAAGUUAUAGGUUUAUGGCUUUUACGAAUCCCGGAGUAUAUGCCGAUUAUUCUUACCCAAUUAUUGGGUCGGUUUUAACUUAUAUAUUACUUGCAAAAGAAAGGAGGCUUUGGGAGGAUUUAUAUCGACUCUGCUGAUCGAUAAUAUAUAUGCACUAUAAGGGGGGACGUCAAUUUCACCGUUGUAAGGAAUUACGAACUUAAUUUAGAUAUUUAAUUAGACUACUUUUCUUUGUCGAAUGGCAGUUUAUCCCAACGGAAGUUUCGUCAGUAUGUGCGGGUAUUUAUUUCAUUUAAAUAUAAUUUAUGUCCCCGGACGAUAAUAUAUAUGCACUAUAAGGGGGGACGUCAAUUUCACCGUUUCCUGUUUGUAUUUACAAGAUACAAAUUAAUAAAACACAAAUAUUGGAUGCCACAACCGAUUUCUCUACUAAAUAAAAAAAUUAAAAGUCAUGGAGUAGGACAUUGUCGUACUUAACUAAAAGUUUAGUAAUAACCAAUUUUCAUUUAUUUUUAAUAACCUCACUAAUAAAAUACUCCAAUUUCUUUAAUAUAUGCUUUGUUAUUUAGUUAUACAGCCAGUUUCAACGAUCCGUCGUAAUUUUCAUUUCGAGAACCUCAAAAGUUAUUUCUACAAAAAUAAGUUAUUAAAUUAUUUAAGUAUAU